AUGACUGCCAACGCCAAUCUGGCUCGACCUACUCCCUCGUAUGCGUCGUCCUCAAGGACAAGCUCACACGUGAGCGGCCCGGUAAAGAAGUGGGAAGGCAAGGGCAGCUCCGGCCAGUCGGUCUGGCGCUGGUUCUGCGAGGAGUGCGGCUCGCCCAUCGCCCACGACCCCGACGCCGCGCCCCCCAUCAUCGCCCUCAAGGGCGGCACUCUCGACUCGGAGAUCAAGAAGACCCUGAAGCCUGACACCGAGAUCUGGACCGACGGCAAGCUGCCUUUCUGCCAGGAGCACCUGGAGAAGCCUUUCGCGCGUAUGCCCGAGUAA